AUGGACAUCUUUCGGUCAAAGCGCUUGAUGUACGUCCCGACCAGGGAUGCCAGGUACGGGGACUUUCUCCUCAGACUAAUGAACGAGCCUGGAAUGCGAAAUAGUGACGACUCGCUCCUAGUCGGCUUCACGGCGCAAAAUGUCGACCGAUUGUUAGAGGUUCUGGCGUCCCGCAAGCUCAUGUCCAUGUACAUUUGCCUGCCGUCGAAUGGGUCUGAUGAUCCCGUCCCUGUCGGCGCUGUCUCGUUGAGCAAACCUAACGACGGACAAGCGCAACAUGCCAACUCAUUUCUAAGUGUCAUCAUCGCAGAAGAACAUCAGCGCAAAGGCUACGGCAGAGAAGCUGUUGCAUGGGCCCUUGAUUGGGCAUUCGACUUCGCAAGGUUACACCGGAUCGAAAUAUCGGCUUACAGUUGGAACAUGGGUGCGAAGCGACUAUAUAAUAGUAUUGGGUUUGUUGACGAAGGUGUCAAGCGUGAAUGCACCUGGUUUAUGGGUGGCUGGCACGAUAGGUACGAGAUGGCAAUGCUAGAACACGAAUGGCGAUCGAAAUGGCGGGCCAUUGCAGAUGCAGGAACAUGGGCAUCUAAGGAUGGUCAGAAUUACUCUACCGAAGAGAUCGCGAAAAUGAUGGGAUCAGCCUAG